GGAGCCUUCGUGCUAGGAGCAAUGCGCAGCGCGAUUGCGCUGCGGAGCCGGAACGGAGCCUGAGACCUGGUCGAAGCUGGGUUGAAAACUAGCCGAAUCCAGAGGCUCACAGACUGAACAAGCAUACCUCUCCCACCGGCCUCUUCACCAUGAUUCACAGUCUUUUCUUGAUCAACUCUUCUGGUGAUAUUUUCCUGGAGAAACACUGGAAAAGCGUGGUCAGCCGCUCUGUUUGUGAUUACUUUUUCGAGGCCCAAGAGAGAGCUACGGAGGCAGAAAAUGUGCCUCCAGUCAUCCCCACCCCUCACCACUACCUCCUGAGCGUUUACCGACACAAGAUCUUCUUUGUGGCUGUGAUCCAGACAGAGGUCCCACCUCUGUUUGUCAUUGAAUUCCUUCACCGAGUCGUGGACACAUUUCAGGACUAUUUUGGGGUCUGUUCUGAGCCAGUGAUCAAAGACAACGUGGUGGUAGUCUACGAGGUGUUGGAAGAGAUGCUGGACAAUGGCUUCCCCUUGGCUACAGAGUCAAACAUCCUCAAAGAACUGAUAAAGCCUCCCACCAUUCUCCGGACAGUGGUCAACACCAUCACAGGAAGCACCAAUGUGGGGGACCAGCUUCCAACUGGGCAGCUGUCGGUGGUGCCUUGGCGACGGACUGGGGUGAAAUAUACCAACAACGAGGCCUAUUUUGAUGUGGUGGAAGAGAUAGAUGCCAUCAUCGACAAAUCAGGUUCCACGGUCACCGCUGAGAUCCAAGGGGUGAUUGAUGCCUGUGUUAAGCUGACGGGGAUGCCGGACCUCACUCUGUCCUUCAUGAACCCCAGGUUGCUGGACGAUGUUAGCUUCCACCCCUGUGUCCGUUUCAAGCGCUGGGAAUCUGAGCGCAUCCUCUCCUUCAUCCCUCCCGACGGCAACUUCCGCCUGCUCGCCUACCACGUCAGUGCACAGAACCUAGUUGCCAUUCCAGUCUAUGUCAAGCAUAGCAUCAGCUUCCGGGACAGCAGUUCCCUUGGACGCUUUGAAAUCACAGUGGGACCCAAGCAGACCAUGGGGAAGACCAUAGAGGGUGUGAUUGUAACCAGCCAGAUGCCCAAAGGAGUCCUGAAUAUGAGCCUCACUCCAUCCCAGGGGACACACACGUUUGACCCCGUGACAAAGAUGCUGUCUUGGGACGUUGGAAAAAUCAACCCACAAAAGCUGCCAAGUCUGAAGGGGACAAUGGGUCUCCAGGUCGGAGCUUCUAAGCCGGAUGAGAACCCUACAAUUAACCUGCAGUUUAAGAUCCAGCAGCUGGCCAUUUCUGGACUCAAAGUGAACCGUCUGGAUAUGUACGGAGAGAAGUACAAGCCCUUUAAGGGCAUAAAGUACAUGACCAAAGCCGGCAAGUUCCAAGUCCGAACCUGAAGGGCGAGCCUUGCCGGAGGAGCAGUCGCGGACACGUUUUCAUUUCUUACUUGUGUAAAAGUAAAAUGUCAGCCUGUUUCUUAGGUCCGUUCCCUCCAGGCUCCAUCUGUUCCCUUUUGUUCUCCGUCUUCAGCCACAUAAGCGAUGGAGGGAGAGAAGGCUCAUCAGGGAAAACUUGGCCAAACUCAGCACAGCACUGACUGAGUCCUCGAGGUGUGGGCUGGAGAGUGGUGUCCCCAUGAACACGGUUGCCGUGGGGAAAGACCAGCCUUUGAUGUUCGGUUUCAGUCACCCAAACCCAAAGGAAGAUGUCUCUAUUGAUUUUUUUUUAAAGAUAGAAAGAUUUGAAAGAAAAAAAAAAGAUUGGAAGAAAAAUGGGUGUUAGUCCAAGAAAGAGCAGUUGAGAUAUGAUUCGUGGGUCUGGGUUGUAACUUUGUGAUCAAGUGCUGACCUGGGUGAGCACCCCCCCCUUCAUUCCUGGUACCACCCACAACGCAAGACGGAUCUGCUCGACGAAGGACCGGACUGAGAGGCUGGUGUGAAGAAGAGAGUCUUGAAGAGAUGCCAGAGUGAAGGGUUGACAAGAAAAACCAUCCGAAUCUCCCCGGGGGCUAGAAGGAGCCGAGUGCAUUGGUUUCUUUCUGACCCCUCUCAUGUGUAGAAAGGAUUUGCAUGUCCAGGACUUCCAAAGUUCAAGUCCACGCUUGAUGUGAACCUGCAGCGGGAUCAGCUUCCCUUAGAGACUAAGGGGCCAGGGCCUGACUCUUAAGAUUCUUACUUGCUGUUUGUGCUGGCCCGUCGUCUUGGUGGGAAGGCUACCAGCCAGAGCAGUUUACAGCCUUUUGUUGGUUAUGUGACUCCUCAGUGGGAUUGCCCCCCAAAACAGCAGUGCUCAGUGCAGCAGAUUUUAUGAGUGAUGGGGUGGAGUUGAGGUGGGAAGUCACCUCCCACAGCGGACCAUGCCCAUGCUUGGUGACCUCUGUUAAUGUUUGUGAGGCCAGACUGGCCCUAUGCCUUGCUUUUUCCUGUCUGAAGGUCCCAUCAGAAUCCCCCAGUGGGUGUGAGCCCACUGAGAACAUUCAUGAAUACGUGAAGCUGCUUCCCACUGUCUGUACCUAUCAUCUACAGCUCCCAGACAGACAGACAGCUCCUAGUCCGCUCUUAGGACCAAAAAAAGGUGUCUUGAACCUCUGAAUAAAAUUAAUACCAUAGGAGGGCAGGCUGUGUUGACCACGAGUAAACCCCCUCCACCCCCCAAUUUUAAACCGUGGGAACUGAAGGAGCACAACUUUCCUAAGGAGUAUUCUUAACCCAUUUCAGUGAAUCUAUCAGUCGUUUUACUGAAUACAUAAAAGGUGGGCGUGUUGUUUUUAAUUUACAGCUUAGGGAGCAGCUUGUGUUCUGUGUUGUGCCUGGAGGGAAAGAAGACCAGCUACCUUCAAUCCGCAUGGCUCUCCCUGAGAAAGUCCUAUUUCUAAGUACUUGGGCUUCGCUUAUUUAUUUUCUAUUUCUUGGCUAGUGUUACCUUGCUGUGGCCAGGACUUAUUUCUGCUGCCGUCGAGUAGAGUUUCUUUGUGGUUUCCUUGUGGGGUGAACUGUGCUGUGUACAAUCAGAUGUUUCUUACCAGGAUCUGGACUAGUGUAGCCCCACACCCUGCUGCAGGGGGACACUUUGCAGGUCACUUUCACAGGCUCUGGGGGAUUCCACGGUUUCUUGGGUCACAAGGAACUAUUUCUAUCGGGCUCUGAGUGUGUUUAGGUUCGUAAGUGCAGCUUGUGUAUUCCCUCAAACACAGUAUAGCUUGUUUUUCUAGAAAGAGACUGUAUAGGAUCUGCAGACAGACCUAGACAUUGUGGAUACUGCCAAGCCUCGCCGUCCCCACCCAGUGAUUGUCUGCAGAGGUUGUGCAGGGCACCUCAGCAGCUGCUCGCUCUCUGUGUGUGUGGUCCAUGUGGGUAAGUAGCAUUUGUGUUUAAGUCUUAAUAAAGCUUUACUAGUCCUGGA